AUGGAUGAUCAGACUUUAUUGGUACAAGACGGAGAAAUACUCUUGAAUGAUGAUGAACACAAACCUGGAGAAGAAAACACUGUUUCCAGAGCAGAACCCAUUACAAAGAGGGAGAAUGAGGAGAGGAUAAAUCAGUCUAUACAAGAAAGGUCACCUGAUGAUUUGGCUGCUACAGUCCUGCAGGUCACAGAAACUCUGAUUGGAGGUCUUCUAAACCUAAAGGACAAGCUGGGAAGAGUGUCCAGAGACCAAAAGCUAAAUGAGAGCAUAAAAGGAGAGAAAAAGCGUGAAGUAAUGCAAAAGUUAAACUCAGAGAGGCCGCCAGAGCAGACAGAUAUACAGCAAGGUGAGGAUGAGGACUCAGAAAGAGUAUGGACAGAAGCCCACCAGGUAGAGAAUGAGGAGAAAAAACACUCCUUGAUACACAACAAUAAGGUAAAGGAGAUCCAUAAAUCAGAAGCUUCCAGUUCUACGGCAUUAGUUACUGAGCUUUCACUGGAGACAUAUUCCUCUUGUUGUCUGAGCGCAAGUCCUACAAGCGCAAUGGAAGCAGAACCAAGCAGUAACCCACUGGUCAAAUGGAAAUUAAUUGUUAGGAAUCAAAUAAAAGCAAGGGUAUCAUCUACAGGAGAUUCUAAAGAAGAUGGACAAAAUAAACAUAAGAGAAAAAGUGAUGAGAGAGGUUCUGAGGAGAGUAAGAAGACAACAGAAAAUAAGUUGAUGGGAAUUCAGGGAAAGGUGGAGAAGAAGAGGGAAAAAGCUGAGAAGGUAGAACAGGAUCAAGAAGAGGGACGGGAAAGUGAUAAAAAGAGUAAAAUGGAGAAUAAAACCCAAACAGAAUGUAAAGAUGAAGUUAUGGAAGGAGAAAUAGAGAAGAAAAUUAUAGACGUACAGCUGAAAAGGGAAGCGGUAGAUGGGACAGAGAGUGGUGAAGUGAUGGAGUUAGGUAGGAAGAAGGUGACUCCUGAACAAACCCCUUGUAAGGAGGACAAUAUAGUGUAUAAGGGUCGGGGGACAGACACAGAGAGUAGAGGAGAACAGCAGGAGACCAGAGUUGUUAUAACUGAAGAAGAGAUCUGUACAAAGCGGACAGAAGUCAACAUCCAGAUGGUCAAUGAAAAACUGAGUUUCUCUCAUGAGCUGCGGGCAGACGGACAUCAUGGCUCCCAAGACACAGAACAGGGACAGAGCUCCUGGUAUAAAUUAUUACAGGCAGCCAAUCAGAAUGUGGCUGUGGCUACAGCUGGAACAUCAUUGGCUGAAAACAUCUUGCGUCACAUGAUAGAGUUACCGACAGAGGGAAUGAUGCUGGGGGAAGAGGUUAUAGAAGUACAUCAUGGAACAUAA